AAGCACUGUUACAACAAAGAAAUAGUCAACCAAACACAAAUUUAUCCACUUUUUGUGUAAAGUUUAUAUAUAUUUAUAUGUUUUACUUUGCUGUUUUCAUUAGCUCAAAGAAAUGUGAAAUCAUAUUGUUUCCUAUGUUUUUGUUGCUUUUGGCAAGCAAAUUAAGUUUACAUGUAACAAAAUGCGCUAUAUAAAUAAAAUGACUUUGGCUUUAAAAGCUCUUCAUAUCGGGGUAGGUCUGUGAGUCAGCAGUUUGAGUUUAUUUUGCAUUUUUGAUUCCUUAUGUUAAUUGACCCCUGUGUAUUGGCUCCGUUUCAUACCAGCGUGUCCCAGCCUUGAUAAGAAAGUAUAGCUGUAUUAGUUAUUUCCUAACAAAACUUCAGGGAUUUUUUGUCUAAAAAGAAAACAGGUUCUUAACAAGCAAGUUUUUGCACAAGAAAAUUAAGCUCAUUCUAGGAAUAUAUAUCUAAUUUUUUCUUAAUAAGAUAUUUCAGCUCAAAUUGAAGUUUAUUUACAGGUUACAGAGUACACUGCAAAAACAGCUCUGCUUGAAAUAAACCAAGUAUUCUUAAAUCAGACAAAAUUGUCUUGUUGUUAGCCAAGCAACUUUUGCUUAUGUGGUGGAUCAUAAUUUGGUGGAUCAUAAUUUUGAUUAGUUUUGGAGUUGUACAUCUCUGUUCCUUACAUUUCAUGUCAUGUCUUUAUUAAUGUUUUAUUUGUUGCUUUGACUGUUUUCGAAUAGAAUAUGCAGUGGGAAUGUAGAGGGAGAUAAGUAGUGAAAGUUUUGCCUGGGUUGAUUGUGCGUCGAUCCAUUGUUAAUGCCUCAGGGCUCCAGUAGGUGGGUUCGCGCGCCUCCUUCACUCUCACUCAGACGAGUGAGAGUGAGAGCUGCGUGUCAGGAGGAGGAGACGGUAGAGCAUGUAAUACUGCGGUGCAAGGGUUAUGAUGUGGAGAGAAAAGUUCUGCAGAAUAGAUUGAGGGAGCGGGGAAUUGGGGAAUUUAAUCUGAAGAGUGUGUUGGAGGGUAGUAGGGCACAGGUGAGGGACUUGGUGGGGUUUUUGAAGGCUAUAGGUGUGUAUGAAAGAGUGUGAGGGUUUUUUUUUUGUUUUUGUUUUUUUGUUUUUUUGUUUUGUUUUGUUGUUUUUUUUGUUUUUUGUUUUUUUUGUUUUGUUUUUUGAUACAGAUUGUAAGCUCACUGUCUGAUCCAUACUCCGGAACAGUAGGAGGCGGUAAUGCUCCUUUUACGUUGGUUGCCAACCGCCGUUAAAAACAAAGAAGAAGAAGAAGAAGAAGAAGAAGAGAAGAGAGCUGCGUGUCUGUGCCGUUCUUUCACCUCUCCUCACCAUUUCCCCUGUUUAAGGUAACUGCCAUGCACAGAACUGUAUAAAUGUGUGUUACUGUUGAUUAUUACGUUGUUAUCAUUGUUCAAGAUGUGAAUUGCGGACUGUUUUUGGCUGAGAAGUUCCAGUUAAACGCUGUUGCCGUGUAUGCUAGUUUUCGCUAGUACUCCGCCAUGUUGUGUGAAUAUUUUUCUGUUACUGUCUGUAUAGGUUUUUGUCCAGUGUUAAAGUUAAUGUUGUCCAAAGUAUUUUUAUAAACUCAAUACAGAUGAGUGAGAGUGAGAGCUGUGUGUCUGUGCCAUUCUUUCACCUCUCCUCACUAUUUCCCCUGUUUAAGGGCACAACAUUUGGAGGCACCGCUGGGAUGAUUGAUUUGAGGACCAUCCCUGACCUGUAAGAGAAAUCCUCUCGUUGAUCAUCCCCCCCAGACGACCCAGGUAUCAGAAAGGAGCAUAGCGAAGCAGCAGAGGCAUUGCUAGACCUACAUUGGUGUCUGUAUCCUGAAGUGAAAAAGUGACCACUAGGGGGCAGUAAAAGCCAACUAAGUCUGAUCAUUUCUCAGCUGACUGCUUGUACUAACUCCUCUGACAACAUGGAGUCUGAAUUAGAAAAGCUAGAGCUGGAGAUUAAAGGAACACUGUAUCAACUGACCUUAGAGCAGCUGAUUAAAUUAUGUGAUGUACUUCAAAUUUCCGGACCAGGAAAAGAGUUUGUGAUUAAUAAAACGCGCAGUCAGCUAGUCUCACAUUUAGUUAAGCACCUUGAACGAACAGAGCUGGAUACCCGAGAGGACGAAGGUAUGUCAGAACUUCUUAAUGUCCAGGACAUUAUAAGUGACAUACAAAUGGAUAAAAAACAAAGUGUGAAUGAAAGACUGGACCCAGCUGUUCAGGACCAGGAAAGUAGCCAGGAGGAGAUAGAGACAUUAAGACUGCUCUUACAACAAAAAGAGGGUGAAAUGCAUGGCUUAAUGAGAAAUAGCAUGAAUCCUGCCUUAAGUCCUCGCACCCCAGUGAGAAACAUUGUUCCAACAGCACCAAACAGUUCCAUGUGGCGGAAAGAUUUUAAGAUAUCAGGCCAAAUAGGAGAGCCGGGGCAAAAAGACAGGCUGACAUUUUCCAGUCUGGCCAGACAAAUUGAAAGCGGGAUCAAUAGAGGCUACCCAGAAUCAGAAAUCACUGAUGCUGUAAUUCGUGCUAUCACGCCAGGCUUGCAGCUAAGGAGUUAUCUUGAAGGAAAAGAAAACCUCACAUCACCUGCUCUUAGGAGAAUCCUCAGGUCUCAUUACCAGGAGAAAGGUGCCACAGAGUUAUACAAACAACUUACCUCUGAGGUUCAGAGUAGUAAAGAGACACCCCAAAAUUUCUUGAUCAGGACAAUGGACUUGAGACAGAAAAUCCUGUUUGCUUCUCAGGAGGUUGAGUCCAGUCUAAAGUAUGAUCCAGCACUAGUCCAGAGCCUUUUCAUGCAUACUGUCCUGACUGGUCUUCAGAAUGACAAUAUUAAAAGUGACCUGCAACCUUACCUCCUGCAAACAAAUACUUCAGAUGAGUUGUUGCUCGAGAAGGUAAAUAUCGCAGUCGCAAAUGAAAAGGAAAGACAGGACAAAAAGAAACACGCCGCUCCAUCAUGAGUAACAGCUGUAAAUACUGUCCAGUCUAAUGAUCCCCCAGUGGGAAAGAGAAGCACAGCCCAAGAGAAACCAGCUCCUCUACCCCCUGAUCUUCUAACAGAAAUAAAGGAAAUGCGUGCUGACAUGGUACUGCUGAAAGACUUGAGGGCUGAAGUUUCCCAAAUCAGAGAAACCAUUCAAAAGACAACCGCAGCACCUCAGCAGCCUUUCCCCAUUAAGGCUGAACAAAACUGCAUGCCAUUUUACCACCAGCACCCUCCUGCAGCAGCACAGGAAUACCACUCAGCACAUGGACCUGGGCAUGUGCAUGGGACAGCACAGUUUCAACAAAGAUUUGCACCACAGCGAUAUUAUCCCUCACCACGUCACCGCCCCAGAUGUUUUGCAUGUGUGCAGGCAGCAGAACGUUUGAGGAUCAUGUUGAGGAUGUCAGGAAAGUGCUGCGCCGACUCAGGGAGUACGGAAUCAAACUCAAACCAAGGAAGUGCGACCUGUUCAGGACAGAAGUGAGGUACCUUGGCAGGAUUGUGUCA